AUGACAUCCCAGUUCCUCGUUGUGGACACAGAACCUGCGGUACAAUAUCCGACUAAAUGGGACCACAUGGAGACGGCAGGCCCCGACUGGCCGGGCCACGUAAGACAGGGUGCUGGUGUCGCAGGCAUGAAUGCCAUCUUCAGCUUCACAGGCACCGGGAUUCAAGUUGUGGGGACUCUGGAGCGCUCUGACAAAUACGGCCAGCCCACAACGUCUUACGCCAUCGACGGGGAGACCGUAGGCACCUACACAGCGCCAUUCACGCCGGACUUGCACACGGGCUGGAACACGACGUUCUUCUCGAAACGUGAUCUCUCUCCUGAAACUCAUGAAGUAGUCGUUACGAACACCAAUGGCACAAGCCCAAACGUCUUUUGGCUAGACUAUUUUCUUGUGGACGUUGAUCAGGCUUCUCCUAACAAUCCUCCUACGUCUGCUCCUCCACCGACAUCGGUACCGACCACACUGAGCCAAGGGAGCCUCACCAUGGCAGCGACUGAUGCUACUACAACCAAUGGUUCAACCUCGACUGCAGCUGGCGCGGGCCGUACUCGUGGACACCCAGAUUAUCUUGCCACUGUGGUUGGAGCGGUUGGAGGCGUGAUACUGUUAACAUUACUUGUGGCUUUGUUCUCCUUGUGGAGGCGACGCAAACAGAGAUCACAAGAUGACAUAGACCCGUUCCCCUUAUCAAAUGGCAGGCAGACUUCGUAUAGCGACACACAGGCGUCCCAGAGCACCCCAACGAGAGCCGCCGACAUCUCCGCGAAGGCGCCGACUUCGACUACGGCCCUGCUCUUUCCUACCACGGUCGCACGGACCCCAGGAUUCAGUUCGAACCACUCGUCGUCCAACGAUGUCUCUGCUGUCGCCACGGACAGUCUUCCAGCUGCAUUAGUGUGGCCCUCAAACCACUCUACGAUGUCCCCACGCUGUCGUUCUGCCGUUGAUGGGGAUCUACAAGACUCUAUCUACACCACCCCUUCCACUCAGCCACCAACGUUCCACUCCAAAUCCGACAUAGACAUCGGAUACAGUCAUGUCUUGCUGUCGCCCCAACCAGUUUCAGCGGCCCGCGCGCCAUGGUCUGCGCUGCCGCAGAGUGGGCCGCGCGCACAGUCGCUUUUGGGUGCGCUAUCGUUGCGCAUCGAAUCCGGGACGCGGCUUCCAGAACGCGACAUGGAUUCGGGUCUCCGGCUAUACAACGAUGUCGCCUUGCCGCCAGCAUAUACCCCGGACUAG